AUGUUAUUUUAUUACAAAACUGUGCUUCAAUAUUCUUGUCUCUUUUCUAAACUUUCCUUGUUGAAAUUUCCUCAUUCUAUAAUUUUACGAAAUUUGUUUCUUUCUUUUGUUCUUUCUUUUACUUCAUUCCUUAAUUCCCACCUUUCCAUUCUUCUUCCCUUUUCCUUCCUUUCUUUCUCUUCCAUUCUUCUUCCCUUUUCCUUCCUUUCUUUCUCUUCCAUUCUUCUUCCCUUUUCCUUCCUUUCUUUCUCUUCCAUUCUUCUUCCCUUUUCCUUCCUUUCUUUCCCAUUCUUCUUCCCUUUUCCUUCCUUUCUUUCUCUUCCAUUCUUCUUCCCUUUUCCUUCCUUUCUUUCUCUUCCAUUCUUCUUCCCUUUUCCUUCCUUUCUUUCUCUUCCAUUCUUCUUCCCUUUUCCUUCCUUUCUUUCUCUUCCAUUCUUCUUCCCUUUUCCUUCCUUUCUUUCCCAUUCUUCUUCCCUUUUCCUUCCUUUCUUUCUCUUCCAUUCUUCUUCCCUAUCCAUUCUUCCUUUCUUUUCCAUUCUUCUUCCCUUUCCUUCCUUCCUUCCUUCCUUCCUUCCUUCCUUCCUUCCUUCCUUCCUUCCUUCCUUCCCUCCCUCCCUUCCCUUCCCUCCCUCCCUCCCAGUGCAACUUACCACUUUUUCCCACUCUUUUAUAACCGAUUCCUUUCGUCAUACUUCUGGGAAAAAGAAUAUAUUCUUGUAUCCAAAUUUAUCCGCCCCUUAUAUCCACCAUCUCCUCCUUUUCCUUCCUUCCAUUCUUCCCUUUCCUUUCCUCUUCUUCUUUCUUUCCUUCUUUCUUUUCCUUCAUUCUUCACCAUUCUUUUACCCUUUACUUCAUUCUUCCACCACUUCCUUUCUUCCUAGUGCAACUAACCACUUUUUUUUCACUCUUUCAUAA